CUCUGAUGAUUACAGAAACUUGUUUUCCUUAUCGCCGCUAGCGGGAACGCCGUGCCUUCGCGUUAGUCAGUGUCACGAGUACGGCAGAGAGUAUAAGUUGAGAGGCAAAGAUGCUUCUAGUUUCCGUGUGCAGUUGAGGUGUCAGUGAAGUUACGUUCAGCCUUAGCAAGCACACGGGGAAGUACUGUAUGCAUGAGUGUUUGAAGUCUCUGUUCCAUCAACUAAUAGAGAGAGACACGUGAUGGCAGUAGCGUCACAAAGAGGAGCCAGGACACUGGCCAACGCCAUGCCUCUUGCACUCCUGGUGCUGGCAGUGGCGACGUCUGCAUGUGGUAAGCAGCAGCAACAGCAGCAGCAGCAGCAGCAGAAAGAAGGCCGCUCCGAUGACUGGGACAUCUUUUCGCCCAUGUGGCCAGGUGUGGGCGGGCUUUCAGAUGUGGCGCGGUGGCACACUCUCACGUUCGAUUUCGGAGGCAACCGGACGAAGGAGCAGGAGUACCGAAACUCAGGACGCUACGACCCGCCCUCCAUCCUUCUCAUAGACGCCGAGAUUGUCGGCGACCACGUCUACGUGACGACGCCGCUGUUCAAGGCGGGCGCACCGGCCUCCUUCAGCGUGGUGAGCGGCUCGCGGACGCUGGACCCGCCCCUGAGGCCGUUCCCCAGCUGGGAGGCGCACGCGACCAGCGCCCAGGCGCUCACCGACUGCGCCACGCAGAUGGUCUCCGUCUUCAGGUCGACCAGAGUUCCAUCUGACCACAAUACCGUGUACCUGAUAGACUCAGGGGUCGUGGACAUAGCGUCAACGUUCCAGAAAUUGUGUCCUCCAAAAAUUGUGACGCUCGACGUGCCGUCUGCAACAAUCCUCAAUACGACAAAGAUCGACAAGGAGGCCUGCAAUUCCCUGUACAUCGCCAUCGAGGUGGAGGUGCUGAGGGGCGGAAGGCGAGUAGCCUACUCGGCCGACGUGACGGGUUUCGCCCUCGCGGUGACGGACCUGGACAGCGGGCGGACGCACCGCGUCUACAGCCAGUACUACUACCCCACUCCCGGCCUGGGCGUCACCACCAUCGGCGGCGUGAGCUCCUACCUCAUGGACGGCUUGUUCGCCUUGGGAGUCGCCGACGGCAACUUCUAUUCCUGGGCGUUCGCCAGCAACACCCUCAACAAGGUUGCCACCCGCGUGCUGAGGAACGCCACGGAUGAGCAGAUACUGGACCUCACCGUUGAGACGCUGGUGCCAGGGCAGAGGGCGGGGCCAGCGGGUGCGUUGGCCGUCGACGCCUCCGGGAGGCGGAUGUUCUUCGGCAUCGCGGAGCAGGAGGCACUCUACUGCUGGGACACCAGGAAGCCCUACAUGCAGGUCUUCUUCCGGCAGCUGGCCCAGAACACCGAGCGCCUCCAGUUCUUCAGCAGCGUCAAGGUGCUGCACUCUGAGGACAAGCUGCUUGUCGUCACCGACCGCUACAACAAGUUCGGCCAGGGCAUUGUCGACCAGCAAUCGGUCAAUUACCGUGUGAUGUCCCUGAACAUCAGCCAUCUAAACUGCUAGGUAAACUACGUUGUGAACAAUGGACCUCUUCUUCUGCCGCUUUUGAACAAUCGUCGCAGUAUUUCCAAUUAAAAUGAUGCCAGAAUAAACACAUUUAGUCAGCUUUUCA